AUGCAUUCGGGGUGGAUCUGUAAUUUCCAACAGUAUCGAGGUUCUCUGUGCACUUUCCUCACUAUCUCUUCCACAAAAGCCAGGGGGCAGGGGCAGUCCUCUUCCCUGCAACCCUGCACUGCAAGAAGCCAAAGCGAAAGAAAAAGUGAGACCUCAUCUCUUUCAGCUAAGCUCGCAAUGGAGCUCCCAUGGGGUGCCCUGCUGCUGGCGCUGCUCACCGUCUCCGCCUCCUCCGCCGUCGCCACGCUCGCCGUCACCGCUCCCCCUCCGGCCCCUGCCCGUGCUCCUGCCCCCGUCACCGCCCCUGCCCCGGCCCAUGCAUCUCCUCAAGCUCAGGACGCUGAAGGUCUGCUGAUGAACGGCAACUUCGAGACGGCGCCGAGGAAGGUGAACAAGACCCUCAUCGUGGGCCGCCACUCGCUGCCGGGGUGGACGCUGCGGGGCCACGUCGAGUACGUGUCGGCGGGGCCGCAGCCGGGCGGCAUGUUCUUCGCGGUGCCGCACGGCGUGCACGCGCUCCGCCUCGGCGGCCACGCGUCGGCGUCGCAGAACGUGUCCGUGCGCCCCGGCUCGCUCUACGCGCUCACCUUCGCCGCCACCCGCACCUGCGCGCAGGACGAGGCCCUGCGCAUCGCCGUCUCCCCGUCGCUCUCCGCCCCCGCCGACGUCGCCGUCCGCACCCUCUACAGCGCCGACACCGCCGACACCUGGGCCUGGGGCUUCCGCGCCUCCUCCCCUGUCGCGGAGGUCACCUUCAGCAACCCCGGCGUGCAGGAGGACGCCGCGUGCGGCCCGCUCAUCGACGCCGUCGCCAUCAAGGAGCUCCCCACGCCCUACCCCACCAAAGAUAACCUGAUCAAGAACGACGGCUUCGAGAUCGGGCCGCAGGUGUUCAAGAACUCGAGCGUUGGCGUGCUGCUGCCGCCGAAGCAGAAGGACGUGACGUCGCCGCUGCCGGGCUGGAUCAUCGAGUCGCUCAAGGCGGUGCGGUACAUCGACGCCGCCCACUUCUCGGUGCCGGCGGGGCAGUACGCGGUGGAGCUGGUGGCGGGGCGGGAGAGCGCCAUCGCGCAGGUCAUCCGCACCGUGCCCAGCCGCGCCUACAACCUCUCCUACGUCGUCGGCGACGCCAAGAACGGCUGCCACGGCUCCAUGCUCGUGGAGGCCUUCGCCGCCAACGUCACGCAGAAGGUGCCGUUCCAGUCCACGGGCAAGGGCGGGUUCAAGGCGGCGAGCCUCAGGUUCGUGGCCGCCGGAGUCCGCACCAGGGUCACCUUCUACAGCUCCUACUACCACACCAAGGUCACCGACGGCGUCUCGCUCUGCGGCCCCGUGCUCGACCAGGUCAAGAUCAUGCCGCUCAAGCUCUAG